GUUUAUCUUCUUAGGCCCUCUCUUUCUCCCUCACUCUGCACUUUGCUUCAGAAAAACUCCAAAUUUAGCAGGUGACUGAACGUGUUGAUCGUUGAAAGUGAUAAAGAUUGAAGCUUUACAAGGUUUCGUUUUAGGGGAAUAAAGUAAAAAGUUUGUAACAAAAGAAAUGGAGGGUUGUGGGGAUUUUGUGCAAUGCCUUUUACCUGAUAUGUCUAUAAAGAUCCUAAGUUGUUUGGAUGACCCGGCUGAUCUUAUCCGGGUUUCUGCUGUGUCUAGUUCUUGGCGUCAAUUCGUGAUUGGAAAUGACUUGUGUAAGCAUCUCUGUUUAAAGAGAUUUCCUGAAAUAUCAAGUGUUGGAAAUAUGAUUGAAGUUGAAAACACGGUUGUACCAGUGGUAUCUCUGCCUGAAAAGUCUACAGAGUGGUUAUGCUUGGAGAGGAAUCAUAGAGUUUAUGCAUUUUUGUCACGCGGCCUUUCCAAUUGUAUGACGGAAGACUGCUUAAUAGGUGCAAUUCAUGCAUCAAGCACUGACAACUAUCCUGAAGAAAGCAUUCUGAAUACAUUAAAACCAGGUGAUCGUGUUGAGCGCAGAGCUUCGUACUGGUCAAGUGGAGGACAAAGUGAUCCUACAGUUCCCGAGACACUAACAUAUAAAUUAAUCUCAAAGCUGUGCCUGAUUUCAGAAAUUCAUGUACAACCAUUUCAAGCGUAUUUCCAGUUUGGCUUUCCCAUUUAUUCAGCAAAAGCUGUGAGAUUCCGGGUGGGACAUCCUAAUGUUAAAAUAGAUGUAGAAAGUGACAACGGACAUGAAUCUGUAGCUGCUCAAGCCCAAUCUUUCUGUGACAAGAUUGUAUGGACAUAUACCUCACCAGAAUUUCCCUUGGUUCAGGAGAACAUCUUGCAGAAGUUUAAGCUGCCAGAACCUGUUCUUUGCAUUGGCGGAAUCCUACAAGUCGAGCUCUUAGGCAGAGUUCAAAAACAACAACUGGAUAGUCUAUACUAUAUAUGUGUGUCGCACGUCCAAGUUGUUGGAAGACCACUCUUGUCAGCAUUUGAUGUUGAGAUACUCGAUGAAUCUGGGAAGUGCAGUCUGAAGUACUGCCCAAAAGAAAGGUUGUUGUGCGAGUCAAGUAACAAAUCUACUGAAGGAGGGUCGAGUAGUCCUCCUCGGUUUCAUAGGUUCAGGGCAAGCUUAAGGGGAUGGGAGCAAAUGAUCCUGAGUACACUACUUGGACCCGGAGCUGGCGUGGGUGAUGAUGAUUCAGAUGACAACGACGUCUAGCUUUCGUCCCUUUCAAGGCCGUAACAGUUGUUUCUGUGUUAAAAUAUAAUAUCACUAGACUUGCUUUUGGGCAUCACUGUUGUAGUUUCAUAUGGAAGGCACAUAUCGUCAUAAACAUGUUCAAUAAUCUAUAGUUUCGUUUUCUAUUGCCA